CCAAAGAAUACGGAAGUAAUUGUUGUAGAAUGGAGUAUGGAAGUACAACUUCUUCUGGGAUUACUUGUAAUAGGCAACGACCUCGACCUCUUCCAGAGGGACCCACUCUACCGGAGGGAAAGGACUAUCAUGUGUUUUUCUCAUAUAGAAAUACCGAAGAAGAUCGGAAAUGGACGAGGAAUGUAAUAACAGAAUUAGAAAGCAGAGGCUUUAAGUGCUGUGAUCAUGAACUUGAUUUUCUCCCGGGAAAAGAAAUUAUUCAAAAUAUUAAAGAAUACAUUAAACGUUCCGUUAAAACGGUGCUUGUAUUUUCAAAAGAAUACAACGAAAGUUUGUAUUGUAAAAUUGAAGUUCAUUAUUCCCUGCAUAUGUCUCUCAGCGAACACAAACAUAUACUUAUUCCUGUUAAAAGGGAGGAUUGUGAAAUUCCUGAAGAUUUAGAAUUCUUUACAUGGAUUGAUGCAAGAGAGGACAUAGAACUGUGGUUUCCACAAUUUCUAGCAGCGAUCAAAGCCCCAGUGGAUGCUGGUUUCACACAACCAUUCUUACAGUUUCAUAAAUACGAAAACUUUGAUACCAUUUUCGAAGAAACCAGUACGAGUUCGUGUUGUGGAGAGGCAUUCCAAACACGGUAUAUCCCCGACUAUCUCAGAAGAAGUGGAAUAGAUUUUAAUCCAGAAGUUUUGACCGAACAUGUUGCUAAAGUAUCGUCCACUCGACUGGUUAGACAGCGUGUGUUUAUCAACCCUACACGCAUAAUUUGUGUGAUAGCAUACUAUUUUAUCAUUGAUUUCUUCCUUGGAGGACUGGCAAUGAUGUUGGUUUAUGCAUUUGUUCCUGUUGAUUUUGAAUACCCGUUGUUCAUCGCUGGAAUUCCUAUUGCGUUGAUAUCUGGAAUACUCGGAGUCGCCUGGCCAUGCUAUUGUUACUCUUCAAAACGACAGGGAGAAGUUGAAAUGAAAUUACAUUUAGCUGGAGUCAACAGAGUUUUAGUGUCAUCUAAUAUAUUCAUGACGCACAAAAUAGCUAGAAUGACAGCGAAAGUCACCAUAUAUUUUAUUUAUUACGACUGUCGUCAAUGUAUGGAAUACAUCAAAGAAUACCACGUAAGACACCAUGCAGAUGAGACCAGAGUUAAAAUUGUUGAUGAAGAUGACACCAAUGAAGUAAAUGAAAGAACUUCGUUGAUUGGCGUGAACACCAGGGCUAUUGAUAUUGAGGAAGAAGCUUUGGACAAGAUUUUGGAUAUGUCUGUAAGCUACUUUGACAAGUUUUUGUCUGGAAAAUUAAAUCAUCCCAGGAAUAUCAGACAUUCACGUAGGGCAAUCUGUUUAUGUCAGUUUUUGGAGGAAAUAAACAAAUCAUGUAAGGAACCGAAUACACAACAUCACAUUAUUGAAGUGUAAACCUUAAACUUGAUAUUGAAUCUCACUUAUAUAUAGUAUUACAUUGUCUUUUUUAUGAUUAACUAAAUAAAACUUAUGUACUGAU